UCUAAAAUCUGUGUGAUUUUUUUCAUUUCUUUUCUCAUUAUUUCAGCGUUUCUAGUUUUUGAUUAAUUAAAUUAGUUUUUUAAGUGUCUAUUAAUUAGUUAUUUAGAUAAAUCAAAGGAUUACCUUAUACACAAGCUUCAAUAGUGCAACUUUGAAAAUGUCAUCGACCAAUGAGCAAAAUGUCUCUGCUGAUGAUGGACCGCAGACUAAAAAGUUGAAGACAAGUGAUGUUAGUGAAAAGGUGGAGGAUGCCGGAUCUCACAAGAAUAACAACAAAGAAGCAAACAACAUCGAUUCUGGUGGUGAUGGUGAGGUCGUUGAUGUUGUUAGUGGUGACGACAGUGGUAAGGAUAGAGAAUAUGACCCGGAGACGCAAAAAGCGCUCGAAGAAAUUGACGCUUGUCAAAAUGAAAUUGAUUCUUUGAAUGAGAAAGCAUCUGAAGAGAUACUUAAAGUUGAGCAGAAAUACAACAAACUAAGAAAACCCUAUUUUGAAAAACGAAAUGAUCUCAUCAAGAAAAUUCCUAACUUCUGGGUUACUGCAUUUGUCAAUCACCCAACAUUAACAACAAUUUUGGAAGAAGAGGAGGAAGAAUGUCUUAAUUAUUUGUCCAAAUUAGAGGUUGAAGAAUUUGAAGACAUCAAAUCAGGAUACCGGAUAAUUUUUCAUUUCGAAUCGAAUCCGUAUUUUGACAAUGAAACGCUCAUAAAAGAAUUUCACUUGGGCUCGACCGGAGACCCUGCUUCGACAUCAACACCUAUAAAUUGGAAAAAUACUGAACUAGCUGGUCGAUUGAAAGAACAAACCAUGAACAGAGUAAAUAUUUCAUUUAGGAAAAAGAAACGAUCAGUAGGAAGGCAAACUUUUUUCACUUGGUACCUUCAGAAUGGUGAUGCAUCGGCUGAUGAUAUUGCAGAAGUAAUUAAGGAUGAUAUGUGGCCUAAUCCACUACAAUAUUUUCUUGUACCAGACAUGGAAGUAGAAAAUGGCUUGGACGAAGGCGAACACGAUGAAGAUGAUUCGGAGGUUGAAGAAGGCGAUGAAUCAGUCGUUUUACUUGAAGAAGAUGACGAAGAAAUCGGUGAGGAAGGCGAGGAAGAAGAAGGUGAAGAGGAAGUUGGUGAAGAAGAAGAAUACGAGGAUGAAAUAGGCGAGGAAGAAGAAGGUGAUGAAGAUGCAGAUUAAAGGCGAUGUAAUAAGAAGAUGCAAGAGGAAAUUUACUGAUUAUCAAUCAAACGACAACUAUUUGGUUCAGAUCAAUACAAAACGGCAACAACAUAAACAAAUACAGUUUAUCUUUAAAUUUGAGCAAUCAUUCUCAAAUGAAAAAAAAUCCUUAAAUUUUCAUUUAUGUUGUAUCUUCUUUUUGUCUUGUUUAUUCUUCUCUCAAGAAAUAUUUCCCGUUUUGUUUCCAUCUCCUUAUCAUCUGUUUAUCAAAUUUUCUUAUUGACAUGGUUAUAAAAAUGAAAAAUUCCUCAUCCAAAAAAUGCCUCAUUUUGUAACCAAUAUAAUAAUUUAUCACUUUAUAGUUUAUAUCCCAAUUAACUUGUCUUUAGGCUUAAAGGUAUACAAUUUAAAAUUAAGUCCAGAUAAUAAGCUUUACAAAGAUACUAUGGAAGUCAUUUUACUCAGCAAUGAGUUCAAUAAUUAGAUAAAAUUUGAUAAAAUCCUUA